UUUCAGUAAUAUCUGUUGUCUCUGCAUAUUAUUUUAGUUAAUUUAUUACAUGUUAGUUAUUCAAAAACGAUUUCAACAGUUUUGAUUCUUGAUAAUUUUCGACCUAAAGCUUUUUGUUGAGAAAUUUCGUAUGCGUUUUUUAACAAAGUGCAGUUUUGAAGACUUCGUGAUGGAGAGCAACAAUGAUUUCGAAAAGUGGCGCAACUGCGCACCGUCGUUUUACGCCGCUCAGUCAAUUGACACAAGAUUCUACUCAUUCGUGCACAACCUCGAUCCGGCGGUCCGAGAGGGGUCACAUAAGAAUGCAGAUGAUGUACUUUUUGACAUGUUUAAAAAUGAAGAUACGGGGCUUCUUCCAGUCGGAAAAUUUUUGGCCGCCCUGAGGACUACUGGCAUUAGAAAAAGUGACCCAAGGGUUAAAGAAGUUAUGCAUAAUCUAUACAAGGUUCACAAAGAGUCAAACUAUGAAGGCGGCUCACCAGAGACCCUAAAAUUAGACAGGAAAGCAUUUAAAGAAGUCAUUGCUCCAAAUAUCGUUCUUAUAACAAGGGCAUUUAGGAGUCAAUUCGUGAUACCGGAUUUCCAAGAUUUUAUAAAAGAUAUAGAAGAAAUGUACUGGACGGCAAAAAGCAAUACCGAUGGGAAAGUAGCAAGCUAUAUCCCGCAGUUGGCGCGAGCAAAUUCGGACAAUUGGGGCGUCAGUAUUUGCACUAUCGAUGGCCAGCGAUUCUCAAUAGGUGACGUUAAUGUGCCAUUCACACUUCAAUCGUGCAGUAAACCUCUAACAUAUGCCAUGGCACUGGAGACACUAGGACCUGACGUGGUUCACAAGUACAUUGGCACUGAGCCUAGUGGAAGAAACUUCAAUGAACUCGUUUUGGAUUAUAACAUGAAACCCCACAACCCAAUGAUCAAUGCUGGAGCUAUUUUAGUUUGUUCAUUGCUCAAAACAUUGGACAAACCAGAAAUGACCUUGGCUGAAAAAUUUGACUACGUCAUGUCAUUCUUCAGCCGUCUUGCUGGCAAUGAAGUGUUAGGUUUCAAUAAUGCUGUGUUUCUAUCUGAAAGAGAAGCAGCUGAUCGUAACUAUGCGUUAGGAUUUUACAUGCGAGAAUAUAAAUGCUAUCCAGAAAAAACUAAUCUUAGGGAAUGUAUGGAUUUUUAUUUCCAGUGUUGUUCCAUGGAAGCUAACUGCGAUAUUAUGUCGAUAAUGGCAGCAACUCUAGCAAAUGGAGGAAUUUGUCCAAUCUCCGACGAAAAAGUAUUGAGGCCAGAUUCAGUUCGCAACGUUUUGUCUUUGAUGCACAGUUGCGGCAUGUACGAUUACUCCGGUCAAUUUGCCUUCAAAGUUGGACUGCCAGCAAAAUCUGGCGUAUCUGGCGCUAUGCUGAUAGUCGUUCCGAAUGUCAUGGGCAUAUGUACUUGGUCUCCUCCUUUAGAUCCUCUUGGUAACAGUUGCAGAGGACUACAGUUUUGCGAGGAACUCAUAGAUAGGUUUAACUUUCACAAGUACGAUAAUAUCCGCUAUGCUAGUCACAAAAAGGAUCCACGUCGUUAUAAGUUUGAAUCAACUGGGCUCAGUAUUGUCAAUCUGUUAUUCUCAGCUGCAAGUGGAGAUAUUAGCGCACUUAGAAGACAUCAUCUUUCUGGAAUGGAUAUGACACUUUCGGAUUAUGAUGGACGGACGGCGUUACACCUUGCAGCAGCAGAAGGCCAUCUGUCAUGUGUAGACUUCCUCUUAGCCCAAUGUUGUGUUCCCUAUGAUCCUCAAGACCGUUGGGGAAGCCGGCCCCUGAACGAAGCAGAGACUUUUGGUCAUGCAGCUAUUGUGGAAUAUCUAAAGGAAUGGGAGCGUUCUCACCCACAAAGUCCAGAAGCACAGCAAGUGGCAUCACAUGUGGAUGAAAUACUCGCCGUAAAACCAGAUGCUGCUACUGAUGAUGCGGUCAAAGACCCAAGUAUUCAUGAGAUUGUUACUAGAAAUGGGGACAAAGUUCAGUAAACACAGCCCUAACAAUAACAUUAAGUAAUGUUUAAAUUGUGUUAUUUAAAUUCAAAUGUAUUCUUAUUAUAUAGUUCUUAUUAUAAUAAUCCCUUAAAAAUAUAUAAGAUAGUACCUAUCCUAUUUAUAGCCGAGUUAAGUAAUGUCAUUGUACAAAAAGUGAUAUUUAAAUAAUGUUGCAAAUUAAUUUCAAUCGUACAUCAGCUAAUUUAUUUGACGAAUUGUUUUAAAUUAUAAAUACAUAUAUUUUUUGGCUGUGAUAUUAAUUUUAGCUAUAAUUUCACAUAAAGACAAUAAUACAAUUUAUUAUUUAUAAUUUCCCUCAAUACUGGGAUUUUUUUUCUACGCCAAAGUAUAUCGACGGGAUUCACACCCGAGCUAUUGAGAUUACGUCUCAAAAUCCACUACAGGAUUACUGGAGAGAUGCAUAGAUUUAGUUAGAUACCAAGAUUUAUGAGCGGUGGAAACGAAUUAGGUAUCCAUCGUUGGCUUAACCCGUUGGCGCUGGCCGCGUAUUUUAGUUGGUCAAAUCUCAUAAUUUUAGUUUAAAUAAUAAGUGUACAAAGAUAAUAUUUUUUUUAAUCUCUGUUUAUCAAAUUAACCUUAGAUCAUUUAUACAUCUCGAUAGACUAUAAAAGCUGUGAAAACGUCGAAAAAAAUUGACUUAAAAGGCAUAAAAGGUAUAAUAAUAAGGCGUAUAAUAACAUUCUGUUAGUAUACGCCUUAUGGGCUAUUCAUAAAUUAUGUCACACUACGUGGGGAGGGGGGACUAACCAAUUGAUGUGACACUGUGUGACAACUGAUAGGAGUAUGAAAAGAUUUGUAACAUCACAAUAUGCUAAAAUGUGAAUAUAUUAAAACACGAAAAUUAGAUCUAUAGCAAAAUUUAAAGAAAUAAUACUAACUCGAUCUAUGUAUAUUUUGUACUACUGUUAAAAAUAAAAUUCAAAAAAUUUGACGUGUGAUCAGGGGGCUGCAGGUGUUUCACAAAAUAUAUUACCCGUUACAAGCACGGGGAGGGGGUUAAAAAAUAAUAAAAUUUGUAUGAUAUAAUUUAUGGGUAGCACCUUAAUUCCUUAACGACUGUCCUAUGUCCUAUACAUACAUCCAUUCAUAUACCUACUCUCACGGACUAGUAAAAAAAGAAGGACUCCGCGCCGUGAUAUUAGCAAGUGAAGCACCUUUAUGCUAGUGUGUGUGCGGUUACGGGGUAUACCAGUUACACAAUUUUUUCUCCCUUAAAUAAUCAUAUAUCCAUAAAUACUUUUAUAGUAUUGUUUUUACACUUUUUCACAACGCACGACGGCAUUUUUAAAAUAUUUUAUUGCGACGCAAACUGAUCAGUCACAGACGAUGGCGAAUCUCAUAAUGGCGUCCGAUGGGCUUGUAUAAGUGUAUGCGUGGGGCUAUGUAUUUACACGUUUACCGGCUUGUUUUGGUGCCCCACUGUUAUGUAAGGUGACACGGAGUCCUUCUUUUUUUUCUUGUCCGUGACCUACUCUAUGUUUUAUAGAGUUCAGUUAAUGCAUUGUACCACAGUGAAUUAAUAGGUAUGUACCUACCAAUAAUUUCUAAUUUUAAAUAAUCUCAAAGACAAUAAAUUUUCAGUAAUAUAUUUAUCUUUUAUACGAGUAGAAAGAUACCUUGUUUCAUCCGUUUUAUUAUUAAUAAAAAAAUAUAUGUUCAAUUUUUCAGACAACCCACUCGCGAUACUUUUUUAAAAUAAUAAAUGAUACAAAAUAACUUAAUACCAUAAAAUGAUGUACUCACCUACUCUACUCAGUACCAAUAGGGAAACAUGUCGAUGUUACGAUUAUAUUACCUACAUACCACUUUUAAAGUAUUAUAUUAGUACAUACUACUUUUUAAGAAGUUAUAAUAUGAACACUGUUAAAAAUAUUAAAUUAUAAAUUAAA